UUCAACUAGUAACCUUGAUCAUAAAAUAUUUGAUGAGAAUCAAGAUUUUUUCUGUGAUCGAAGAGGUUUCAAUAGAAUUACUCGUGAUGUCACUAAUAAAUAUUGUGAAGUUUAUGAUUUCAUUCCAACCGCGAAAUUUUAUGCUUUCGAUAAUUUCACUUAUACCACGGAUCAAGUUGAUUUAAUGAUUAAAUUAGCAAAAGCAAAUUGGUUAGAAUCCGAAAAACAAGUUAAAGGAAUUAUCAUCGAUACUUGGAAGAAAAAGAGAUAUGCAAGAUUGAAUGGAAUUAAUUUUACAUAA